AUGGACACAAGUUCUGCCAGUGAGGCUGAAGCAACUGAGAAUCCGGGAACCAGGACCUUGGCUGGAGGGGGGGACCUGAGGCUGGGCAAGCUUCAGGUGCCUAGAGAGGCUGACGAAGGAGGCAGGGCCACCUCCGGGUGCCCAAGGAAAGGAAAGUGGCACCCCACUUCACCUGAGAGCCCGCUUCUGGACUGCAGCCCCGGGAAGGUGUUGAGCAGCGCCAGCUCCCGGAGCAAGCACUACCUGACACAGCAGGAACGGACACAUGUUUGUGGAAUCUGCAGCAAGGCCUUGAAGAGCCACAACCAACUGACUGGGCACAUGCUCCCCCAACAGAAGACCAAGCCCUUUGUGUGCAUUGAGCAGGGCUGCAGCAUGAGUUGCUGUGAUGACUGCUCCCUGCAAUGGCACUACGAGGUUGAGCAUGUCUUGUGCAUCCUGAAGGAGGCCCCCCCCGAGCAAGAAGCCUUUGGGGAGUCCUCUCCUGCCCACGAGGUUGCCGGCCAGCAUGCUGCGGAUGGCCUGUGGUCCCUGGUGCCUCCAGAAGCCAGGUCCCCAGGCUCCCUUUUGCCCAACCAAGACCCCCUGUGCUCUGCUGUGAGCAGCAUGGUCUACCAGGAGAUCUCUUCUCCUGGCCCAGUCCUGGCCGGGCCCUCAGAUGAUGGGGAAGGGAAAAACACAGCCUGUCCCUGCCCACCCUCACUGGGGCCCUACCCCUACCCAGUGGCCCCAGGGACCCUGGGCACUGAUGUUCCUGAGGAGUGUCACCCGCUAUGGAAGGAGCCCGCCCCUUGGUUCACAGCCACUCACUCCAGUGUAGCAGAGGAUGGUGGUCCUGACACAGCUGAGUUGGAGCGUCCGCCCCAGCUACCGCCCACCCUGGAGAGCGGGCAGGAGGGUGGGACCCUGCCAGGUGGUCUGCCUCUGUUCCAAGGCCAGGCAGCGCCUGCCAGCGCCCAGACUUCAAACCACAAUUUCCAGUGGCUCCAGAACCUGCCAGGCUGCCCGGAGAGUGAAGGGGACGAUGUGUUUGUCAUCCAGAAUCCCACUUCAGUGUCCCCUCAGGAGGGCUCUGAGUCUGGGCCCAGGCCCAGCAGCACCUCCCUGACGGGGGCGCCCUUGCCCACCGGUGGCCGCAGUCUGAAAGACGCACUGCCACUCCCCCACCCCCACCCCGCACUCCUGAAGGCACCUGGGGAGGCCUCAGGCGGCCCUGGAUAUGCCGGUGAGGAAGGGGACUCCAGGACUUCCAAGAAGAGCGAUUCUGACAGCGACUCCUGCUCACGGCAGCACAGGGAGGAGCCCGGCCUCCAGGAGACCCUGAAGCGGAGCUGGCUGUCAUCUGAUGCCACGCUGCUCUCCGGGCAGCUGUUCCUGAAGUUGCAGGAGUAUCUGGUGAGUCAAGAGCAUAUGCAGGUGUUCCAGAUGAUCGCCAAGACCCAGCGGAUCAUCUCUGGCCCCUGGGUGGCUGUGGCCUCCUCCCAGCAUGCUGUGCCUGAGGGCAAGCAAGCUGUGCUGAAGCCACUGCAGGGGCCACAGCCACACCAGGCCCCACCACUGGCACCCACAGUUGACCCUUUCCAUCCUGACGCUGCAAACCCAGAGGCAGAGGGAUCCCCGCUGCACAAGAGAAAAACCAUGCCUGCCUGCCCCAUGGAGGCCUUGCCCAGCAGCAAUAGAUGGGACAUGAAGGGAGGACCAAAAGUGGCCCCUGCACCAUGGCAACGCCCCAGGGACCCAGACAUCCCCUCUCUGGCCAAGCAGCUGAGAUCCACGAAAGGGCCCUUAGACCUGGGGGACAUCCUCCCCACAGGGGGCCCACGGCCGACCCAGCUAGGUGGGGACGUCCCUGCUGGACAAAAUGGAGGCCCUGCAGACUGGGCAGAGCCAAGGAGCACAUAUGUCUGCAAGAACUGCAGCCAGAUGUUUCAUACAGAGGAAGGGCUGACCAGCCAUAUGUGUUUGCCCAAUGACCAGUGGCUGUCACCUCGAGGAAACCAGGACCAGCAGGGACAGGACGGAGACCAGGAGGAGAGAGAUGGGAAGGAGACCAGCCAGCCCAGAAAGCGGAGAAAGUGCCCACGGCCCAAGGCACCGUUCCUGCCUCCUGCCCCUUCUGCCUCUGGGGGGCCGGGCCCUGAAGAAGGCCACGAGAGCUGCCUGCAGUCUCCGGUGCUCCUGGUGGACCACUCCCUGCAGGGACUGUGCCCGCGCUCUCCCGAUACACUGCCCCCGGUGCUCAGCCCCAUAUGGGAGGAGUCUGAGCUGGAUUCCAGCACUCUCUGUUCCAUGUCCACUCAGGCUGGUCCUGACGAACUCAUCAGCACUGAGCUUGUGACUGAGCUCUGCAACUUGGCCUGCUCCAGCACGAUGCCAGGAGGGGGCACUAACCUGGAGCUUGCUCUGCACUGCCUGCACGAGGCCCAGGGUGACGUCCCGGUGGCCCUAGAGACCCUGAUACACGGAGGACCCCAGAAGCCGCCAACUCACCCGCUGGCUGACUACCACUACGCAGGUUCAGACGUCUGGACCCCCACAGAGAAUAAGCUGUUUAAUAAGGUAUUCCAGGCUCAUAAGAACAACUUUUCCUUGAUACACACGAUGGUCCGGACAAAGACUGUGGCCCAGUGUGUAGAAUAUUACUAGACCUGGAAAAAGAGGGUCAGGUUUACUACCUCUUCUUGGGCCCCAGGACUGAAAAAGAGGGUCAAAAGAAAGCUGGAUGAGGCAGACACAACAGAAACAAAGGCCACUUGCAGCCCUAAGAAGAGACACAACCACCAUCCAACCCCUGAGUUGAAGACAGAGAUGGAGAGUUGCAGGGGACAAUCUGUCGUCACCGCCAGCCCAAAUGUUGCUCCCAAGCAGACCCCUGAGCCUCCAGGGCACAUCCAGGGCCAAGGCACUCCCUGUGGGGAGUGUGAGAGGGUGUUUGACAAGAUGUGGACUUGCUAUGCCCACAUGAAGCGGCACCGGCUUUAGGACCCCGUGGAAACAACUGUCGGGGAGGAGAGGCCAGCGAAGGCCUUUAAGGUGGAAGAGGAGGAGGAGGAGGAAGGGGAGAUGGGGGCUGACAUGGGCCUCUUGCAGGGAUGA